UUGGUCUAUUUUUAUUUUUAUUGCCUGUUACUUGGCAUUGUGCAAAAGGCUUAAGAAUUAGCGCCUUUAUCGUCUGUCUGUGAAACCGGAAAAUGAUCUGUGAUAUGUAUCAAUGUGAGCUUACCUGUGCAUUGUUUACGUGGUGGAAUCAAAUAGGAUGAACGGCAUACGUGGUGUAGAAUGUUUAUGGGGAGACCUCAAAAAACAUCCGCAAUGCCCACACGGACCAACAUUGCUAUUUAAUAGAUAUAUUGAUGGUGAAUCAGAAAAAUUUUAUGCAUGUUCUGCUUGUCGCGACAGAAAAUUAUGCAAUUUCUAUUUAACAUAUGGCCAGGAAUUGUCAAAGUCUGAAAAGAGCAAAUGGGAGCAAAAAGGGAAGAAGCUUGUGCAAUGUUAUCCUCAUCAGAAAUUGUUCAUACGUUUCAAUGAGAUCAAAGCAGAAUCUACGAUGAAAAGAUGUUAUUGUCAUAAUUGUGAAAAAUUAAUUCUUAUUUCUGAAAAAGAUAAGCACAAUAAUCACAAAGUGACAGAGAAUUUAACAGAUUAUCAGAUGCAUCAUCCAACAGAGCUUUUAAAACCUUUAAAUAGUGUGAAGAAGGAAGCUCAAUAUUUAUUCUCCAAGAAAUCUACUAAGGAUAUAAUAAACAUGCUUUUAAAACUUGGAGCUAAGCAGGUCCUUUGUGUAGGAACACCAAGAAUAUAUGAAUAUAUAUCUGAGCAUCAUAUAGAUAAGAUAUCCUCUCUCCUUUUAGAUCUUGAUGGAAGAUUUCAUAAUUUUUUUGGACCACUGGAUUAUUGUUGGUACAACCUUUUCAAUCACCAUUUUUUCAACAAAGAUGCAAUUCAUGUGUUCAAAGAUUUUAUUACUCAAAAUAAAGGGAAAGACACAUACUUAAUAUGUGAUCCACCAUUUGGAGGACGUGUAGAACCUAUGUCGUACACAAUAAAAACAAUAUUUGACUUACACAAAAAAUUAAAUAACAAUAACAAUAACGAUUUUUCUUUGAAAAUUAUGUUUAUGUUCCCAUACUUCAUGGAACAUAUCAUAAAAGAAAAAAGUAAUCCACCAUCAGUGGCUGGUGGUUUAAAAGAUUUGAAGAUGUCUGAUUACAAAGUGGAUUAUGAAAAUCAUCCGUUAUUUGUGUCAGGAGAACAUGGCAAAAAACAAAGUUCUCCCGUGAGGAUCUUUACGAAUAUACCGUUAAAGUUAUUGGAGCUUCCUGCGUCCGAUGGAUACAAAUUUUGUGAAGAUUGUGAAAAAUGGGUCUCCAGUGAGAACAAACAUUGUAAGAAGUGUAAGGAAUGUACUUCCAAAAAUGGUAAAACAUACAAACAUUGUAAAAUAUGCAAACGAUGCGUGAAGCCUACUUGGAUGCAUUGCAAAACGUGCAAAAGAUGUACGUUGCAGGAACAUGUAUGCGGACAAGUUCCGAAUAUUGUUGGGAAAUGUUUCAAGUGCAACGAAUUGGGUCAUACUGAGAAAGAAUGUCCCAAUUUACUUUCUACGGAAACUACAGCUAAGACAGACGUGAAAAAGGGCAAAAUAAUUAAAAAACGCAAAGCAGAGAGUGAAUUAAAAACAUCUGCAGUUAAGAAACCCAAAAUUCGAGAUUCAAAGAUGAUUACUAGACGGAAGAAUCUCGUAAUUAAUAAAAGGAAAACGUCAAAAUUGAAAAAAAAUAAAGAUCAUAGAAAUCAAAAGCGGUCGAUAAAAUAACGAAAUUUGUGUAAAUAUGUAUCAAAUCUGUAUUACGAAUAAUGAAUAUAUCUACAAAUUAUUU